AUGGACGAGACGAGCUCUCCGCCCGUGGCGCUCUUCGUGCCGCUGGAGUGGAUCACUCGCAUCACCAAGGAGGCGGGCUUCUUGCAGCGCUCCGCUAAAGUGCGGGUGGACAUCACCACGCGCACGCCGCCGUUCGCCACGUCCUUCUUGAAGUUGUCCUUCAAAGACGGAGGCCGCGACGACUUCUUCAAUCCUCUCGAAGCUUCGCUUAAGCGCAAGGCCUGGAAGGACACACAACCCAGCCACUUGGCCGACCGACGACUCGUGAAGCGGCAGUUCAAUGCUGCUGAUGCAGGCAUUGCGGGGAUCAUGAGGCGACAGCAGGAAGCGCAAAAAGAGACCACGGAACUGGCGGCCACCGCCUUCUCCGACUUGGCGAACCUGAUGCUGAAGGCCAGGGAUAUGGUUAGCUUGAUCGAACGCUACGUGGAUACGCAGAAGGCGGCGGAAGAUGACGGCUCCUCGGCAUCUAGGGAGGAAGAUAUCAAUAAGCUCAGCUCGUUGAUGCUGGAUAUGGGUAUUACCAGUCCGGUGACACGAGAGAACUCGGGUGCAGCGUACUAUGAACAACUUGCGCGGCAGCUCGCAGAGUAUCUCAGUGAUCACAUGCCACGAAACGGGGGGAUCAUGACUCUCUCGGAUAUCUACUGUAUGUUUAAUCGUGCGCGCGGUGUGGAAUUGGUAUCACCGGACGAUCUGUAUCACGCAGCGCUGCUGCAGAAGAAGCUGAAGCUUGGAUACAGUGUGCGCAAGUUUCCUGGCGGGCUCAUUGUGCUGCAAACAGAUUCACAUCGCGAGGACAAGGUAGCUGAGCGUUUGGCCAAGAUGGCGCAGAAGUCCAGCUCCGGCUACAUCACUUCAACGGACGUGUCGGUGGAGAUGCACACUUCGUUCCCGCUGGCCUGGGAAUAUUUGAAGGUAUGUCGAUCAGAAGUAGUAAUUUUCUUCGCUCGAUGA